AACUUAUUUUUAACAAUAAAUGAGUACAACAGCAACAACAGCAACAACAACAACAACAGCAGCAACAACAACAGCGAAUGAAAAAGAUGAGAUUUGGUCUACUAUCUUGACAGGUGUAGCUUCAUCUAAAAUGGUACCCACUAAGAAAGUUCUUAUAUUAGGUGAUCCCGGAAGUGGUAAAUCAACACUUAUUCAUUACUUAAAAAACGAUCCUGGUCCACAAAUAAUCCAAAAUGAAAAUGAACAAGCAUCUACAACUAGUAAUCCUUCUUUUGGUAUUACAAAUAAUUAUACACCAAUUCCUGUAGAUGACAAUACUACGAAUACACUCGCUUUGAGUUAUAACUUUAUUAAUGUACAAGAUGAAGAUAAUGAAGCCAUUGCACGUUUAGGUGUAUACCAACUUGGUCUUUCAGCUGACGCAUAUUUGCCUUUAUUGAAAUUCGCACUUAGCACAGAUACUUUAGCUGAUUCAGCCGUCAUUAUCGUAUUAGACUGGACGCGUCCAUGGAGAUUUUUAGAAACACUUGAAAGAUGGAUGGAUGUAUUACAGCAUCGUAUAGAUGAGAUUUGUAAAGAAGGAAGUGCAGGUGAAUUAUGGAGCAGAGGAAAAGUAGUAGUCGAUGACCUUAGAGAAAAGAUUGAGCAUUAUCUUCAAACAUAUACCGAGCCUGUUUCUUUAAACACAGCAUUUAAUAUGACUGCAUCUACCUCAACUGGUUCACUCCAGUCCACUCCUUUAGUUACGACAACAACCUCAGCAGAUCAAGUAACAUUACCUUUGACUCAGGGAUGUUUAACUAAUAAUUUAGGUAUUCCUAUUAUUGUUGUUUGCUGCAAGAGUGAUGCUCAGAACACACUUGAACAAACAUUAGAUUAUAAAGACGAGCAAUUUGAUUUUAUUCAGCAGAAUUUACGUUGUAUUUGUAUGAAAUUUGGCGCCGCAUUAUUCUAUACCUCAACUCUUCAACCCUAUACCUUUCAUAAUUUACGUCAAUAUAUUCUCCAUCGUUUAUUAACAAGUCCAUCAAAGACUUAUCCAUUCAAAUUAAAGGCACAGGUUGUUGAACGUGAUUCUGUGCUUGUACCUGCAGGUUGGGAUUCAUGGGGAAAAAUUAGAGUUCUAAGAGAAGGAUUUGAUUGUGAAGGUAUAAAUCAAGGUUGGGAUACCGAUAUAGAUGCUAUCAUAGAUAAACAACAACCCGGGCCUCAUGGAGCAAGAGGAAAUUACGAAGAAAUUAUUCAAAAUCCUAAUUCUAAAGAACAGCCUCUAACUAGUAUCCCUCCUCCUGUUACUUGUGAAGAUGAACAAUCAUUUUUGGAAAGACAUUACGAAACUUUGCAACAUGGUGUUGAAUUACUUAAUCGAAAAGGCACAGGAUCAAUACCCUCAACUAGACCUAGUGUUGUUGGACCACUUGGUGUUUCCUCUGCAACUGUUGAGUUAAUGCGAUCUAGUGAUGACCGUCGUCACAAGGAUUCUUCAUUAGAUGAUUCUCUAAAGUUAUCUUCAAACUCACCAACAAAUAUAAGCAAUAUGUCAUCAGGUUCCAGUUUACCAGCAAUUGAUACAAGUGUUAAUCAACCUGGAGGCCCAUCACAUGAAGUUCUGGCCAACUUCUUUCAAUCUUUAUUGGUUAAAAAGGCUUCAGCCUCUUCUUCCCCUACUUCUAUAUUAGGCAAUGGAGGUAAUGAUGAUGUCUCAUCACCUACUACGAUAUCAUCAGGUAUGGCAAGGAGACCUACAGUUAGUAGAAAAGAUGUUCAUAAGGAAUUAGAUCGUAUGCGACAAUAUGUUAAUAAACCUUAAAUUUAUUUAUUUUUUAAAAAGAAAAGAAAGAUAAAUAUAUACAUAAAUAUAGAUGUGUAUAUGUAGGGAAAUUACCAGCAUAUCAUAUUUAAUAUAGAGAGAUAUUUAAUAAACCUAUAAUACCAUCAUAAAUAA